CGCCUGGCGUGAGUGCCCAACUACAACCUCUGGUAGCCGAUGGAACCAGACACGAUGGGGCCACAACCGACCACGGGCGAGGCAGGUGAGGAGUACAGGACAUCGCCCGAUCGAGCACUAAGGGAUCUGAAGGAACGAAUUAGGCAGGGAGCACCGAUGAGAUGGGUUGACCAAGCCAAUGACGGAGAACCCGACGUAAUGGGCGAGCUGAUCGUGACGGAGCCAGAGGAGGCUUUGAAGACGGGGACCUCGAGCGCUCUACGAGGAGCGACGACACGACGCUCACCCGAGGGCUAUGGUAUCACAAAAUAUCUGGAGAAGUGGGAGCUUCAUGCCAGCCGGAGUCAGUGGUCGGAGGAAGAGAUUAUAGAGAACUUCCUAUUUAAUAUAGAUCCAAGUCUCGGCAAGGAAGUUAAAGAAACCCGACCAAAGAAUGGGAAAUGGACUACGUAUAAGAAGAACCUCGUUGAGCUUUAUAAAUUAGAGGAUAACAAGUACUUCAUCAAGGACCUUGAGACUAUGACUCAAGAUGAGGAUGAGAACGUACGGGCAUUUGGGAAGCGUUUCCAGAAGAUCUCUGACGUGCUGAUGAACAAGGGGAAGAUCUCAGAGGUCGAGCGAUGUACUAUCUUCAUUGGACACCUGUCCAAAGGCAGACAAAAUAGUAUACUUAGAGAUCUCCCGCGCGACAAGCUUGACUUCCUCGAAGUCCUAAAGCUCGCGAUAAAGGUAGAGGCAGAUGGCUACAAGGACUUGGUAUGGAGAGGAAUGCCGAGGCGUGAUUUCUCUCUCUAUAAGGAGUAUGCCAUUGAUAGAUGUCCUGAUUUCAAGGACUAUCCCUGGUCGGAAAAGAAUGAUGCCGUGGCCGAGGAAGUGAAGGAGAUAAGGGACAUGGUAAAGGGAUUGACAAGACAGGUUACAGAGAUUGUGACCAACACAGGAACCACGACUUACCGGGACAAACCCGGAGGGCCCUAUUCACUUCGCUGGGACCGUAGGAACACCGAUUCCUGGAGGAGUGUCGAGGAUAGAAAUCCUCGAACGCUAACUGAUUAUCGUGCGAGGGAAAGGGAGAGAGACGAUGAGCCAUGGCGACGUAGGGAUGAUGAGAUAGACCAAGACCGCAGAACUCGCGAGACGUAUGGACGAGCUAGGAGGCUGGAUGAUUACUCGCGUAACCCUCGUUAUGAGACUGAUGGGGGUAAAGGCAACUCUCAAGGUAGGUGGGAGUCAGAUCAAGGCCGACGAGACGGAUACAGGGACGACAGAUAUGAGAGGUCGGACCGAGAUGGAUACAGGGGUGCCAGAGCAGCCAGGGGUUCGACCUCUAGGAGUGCAGACGACAAGCCACCCACUCCCAGGAACUCUUGCGUCUACUGUAGAGGAUAUGAUCAUAUCAAGAGAGACUGCUCGGAUCUCAAACGGGCAAUGGAUGAGGGACUUGUCGUGCUUGAUGACCGCAAGUACGUCAAGUGGGCAGAUGAUCUGGGAGACGUAGCAAUGUUCCCUUUGAUGAAGGAGAAUGUAGAAGCAAGGAGAGUAAGGUCUAGUGAAGGAAAGGAGCCGGUUAGGAGCCAGAGCAUCAAGAUAACUUUCGAAGGAGAUAUGGCAACCACACCCAUAAGGGUGGCAGCUACCAAGUCGGCGAGAGGGUCUACAUCGAGGAAGAUUGACACGGAUUACGUGAUGGCGGAGAAGGACGGACAGCGGAUGGAUGGAGAAGAGGUUAUUCUUUCACCGCGAAAGCGGGGAGUGAAGAAGUUCUUGAUGAAGAGUUCGCUGGAUGAGAUUGACACGGUCGAGCCACUGAGACGGACCCUUCGGCAGCCCAUGCAGUGCUCUAUUCUGGAAUACCUGGCAGCAUCCAAGCCGGCUCGCGACGAGUUACAGAUGAUCACGCGGAAGACUCGCAUACCUCUAUCAGAGGGGGCUCGGGUGACCCCUAAGGCGUAUGCCCCUAUUGUAGCAGUAUCGGAGGUAACUGCUAGAACAGAUCGCAUGGCGACAGUUCUUCUCGAUGGGAUGGAAGGUGUGCCUCCAGACAAGCUUUACAUACUCGGUAGUGGGACCGUACGACGGAGCGGUACUAAAUGCUGUGAUCGAUAACGACAGUGAGGUUGUCAUUAUAGACGAGGAUCUGGCAGAGCAAGUUGGACUGGCACUCGAUAGGUCAUACUUAUUCGAGAUA